AUGGGAGAAGGUGAAGUGGUGCAACAUGGUCGUGAUGGAGGAUUGGAGUUGGAGAACGUGCUACUUGUGGAGGACUUAAAGUGGGAGAGAUACGCGGAUGGUGUUUACAAUGAUGGGUUCUAUGAGAUGAACCUCAUAGCGUGCAACGACAUGGACACGGUUUAUGAUGAUGAUGAGUUCUAUAAGGUGCAAGUGAAGGGGAGUUCAUUCCUUGAGGUUGGUGAGGUUGAUGACAAGGGAGAUGUGACUUCUUGUGUGAAGAAGGAUGUGGUGAAGAAUGUGGAGGAUGUGUUGAUCAAGGAGAAGGAUGUGCGUGUGGAGAAAACGGUGAAGCCGAACGAGGUGAUUUGUGUCAACAACGCAGCAACGUUCAUCAUCGAAGACCAAGCUGUGUGCAAGGAGAAUGAAGGAGUCGAAGCUGCAAAAGGAAGCUAUGUGGUGAAGGCAAUGGUGGAAAACGCAGCUACAACGGAGGGAGUACUCAAGGAGGGAGCUCGAGUUGGUGGCAACAACGUUCAGAAAGUGUAUGAUGUGAAGCGGCCAAGGAGGAGUGCAAGGCUCCAGAGUCUCUAUCGCGGAUUGGACGUCAAGGCGGUCCAUCUCAAGACACGUAAGCAACGUUUUAAGAAGAAGGAGCUGCAGGGGAGUGUGAAUCUGACUUAG